GCGACUCACGACAAGCCAAGCAGGACAUCAUGAAAUCUCUGGUUGUGUUGGCAGUGCUGGGAGUGUGCUCCGCCUCCACCUGGCAGGCCACUUACGGGGGCUACGGCGUGUACGGCGCCCCUUACCAGAGGAAAUGGACAGGACCUGUGGCAGCCACCGUCCCGGCGGGCGUCGACGGUACCAUCACCCCGGUAUCUGAUACCUACGAGGUAGCCGCUGCACGCAAUGCCUUCUUCCAGGCAUACAACGCUCAGCUGGCUGCCGUGGGCGCGUACCGUUACGGUACUCCCGCUUACCAUCAUGCCACGCCGGCGGUGCACGUCAGCGUAGCAGCGCCCGCCACCCACCACUCCGCUCUCACCUACGGCGCCGCACCUGUUCCAGUCGGUGACACGCCCGCCGUGGCCGCCGCCAAGGCUGAUUUCUUCCGCCUGUACAACCUGCAGGCAGCAGCAGCAGCCGCGGCUCCAGACCAUGAUGCCCCUCGCUACUAUUACACAAUUGCUGACUCAGAAUGCUCCAUCUCUUCCUCAGCUGAUUCAGGGUCAAGCCACGCCUACCAGAGUCGCCCUAAUGUAGGUCCUAUAAAUACUGUGCAAGAGGCUGGAGGCAUGCAGUGCGACUCACGACAAGUAAAGCAGGACAUCAUGAAAUCUCUGGUAAUUUUGGCAGUGCUGGGAGUGUGCUCCGCCUCCACCUGGCAGGCCACCUACGGAGGUUACGGCGUGUACGGCGCCCCUUACCAGAGGAAGUGGACAGGACCUGUGGCAGCCACCGUCCCGGCGGGCGUCGACGGCACCAUCACCCCGGUAUCUGAUACCUACGAGGUAGCCACUGCACGCAAUGCCUUCUUCAAGGCAUACAACGCUCAACUGGCUGCCGUGGGCGCGUACCGUUACGGUACUCCCGCUUACCAUCAUGCCACGCCGGCUGUGCACGUCAGCGUAGCAGCGCCCGCCGCCCACCACUCCGCUCUCACCUACGGCGCCGCACCUGUUCCAGUUGGUGACACGGCCGCCGUGGCCGCCGCCAAGGCUGAUUUCUUCCGCCUGUACAACCUGCAGGCAGCAGCAGCAGCCGCGGCUCCAGAUCAUGAUGCCCCUCGCUACUAUUACUAAAUAGUAAUCAGAAAUGUUAUAAUCUUUGCAGAUUUACAAAAAAGAA